AUUUCGUUUUCGCCGUAAAGGCUUGACUCCUGCCAGGAUAAGCAGACUGCACUGACAAUGUGUUUUUUUUGCAAAUGGUUUUUCGGAUUUAUUUGAAGAUAGAUGGUCGCAAGUUCCACCAUUUGAAACAGACAUCAUGUCUUCCGGUAAAAAUCAAUCUCGGCAGCCACUCCGGCGCCCCCGCGGGCGUGCGGAGGGGUCAGCAAACUACGGGUCUACAUCAAAUCCGCCCGCGCAAAAAUCGAUGGAGAUGGACGCGGGCGGGGAUCCGCUGGGGAGCGACUUUGUGUUGCGCCAGGAGCUAAUGCGUCGGGAUUGCUUGGAGCUGUGCUGCGGCUGCGAGUGCGGGAACCGGUUUUUGCUCCUACCGCGCACUAAAACCGGCAAGAAACCGCUCCGCAAAAUCUACCUGACCGAAGAAAGUACGUGCUGCCAAAAGGUCUUUUGCGGGCCCUGUCGCGCGUUGACCAUGCACGGGUACUUUUUCGGCUCGGACCAAAACGAGGCGGUCAACCGUCGGGAGCCGGCAACCGACGUGAAAGUGAUGGAAAUGUCGAAGGACUGUGCGUGCGUGUGCUGCUGUUGCUGCUGCGGCGAGGAAUGUACGAAAUGCGGGCAACCGAAGCUGUUCGUGAAGCUGAGCGAGGACAUAAACACGAACUUCGCCGAAAAAGAUAAAGGUUUUGCCCCCAUCGGCCACAUCCAGAACCACGCGGCCUGCUGCAAGGUGCGGCAAACCAUCUACGUAGACCAGUACAGUACCACGGAACCGAAAUUCGAGAUGGUUGGAUCCUUUCUACGCAAUCUCGCAAAUAAAGUCGUUGUGAUGUACAUGUAGUACAGCUAGUCACCAGGAAUGUUGCACGCAGUAGUUGAAGUUUCUUGGUGACGGAUGAUUUAGUAAGCAUGGGUUUGCAACACGUGCCGUUGAUUUGCAUUUGAUGUUUACAUCUUGGACGACAGAACUUCUUACUCUUCGCAAAUACUGGUAUAAUUCAUUGUUCCGGACCAGCACACAGCACAACUUUAACUUUUGCGCAGGAUGAGUGUGCCAGUGCGGAAAUUUCUUUCCCUGUUGCGAGGCGACGUUCGAUGUGCAGGACCUGGAUUCCUCGAAGAAUUUUGCGAAUUCGGGGGGAAAAAUCACCAAGGAAAGUCGAGAUGCGUGCUCGAAGGGAAUGCUGAAGGAGGCUUUUCUCGCACUGCAGAAUUUUCACGUGGAACCCGCGGAGGGAGCGAAGUACGAAGAAAAAGCCAUGCUGGCAGCGGCAGCGAUGUUGCUAGACUUGACAAUCUACGAAAACCAAGGCAGUUCUUAAAAUAAAAAUUCUGCAAGUUUUUCGUCAUAUUUUUCAGUAAAAUUUGUUUGGUAACGUAAACGUCUACACACCUGAGCACAUGUAUAUUUCUGUGUUGCAACAUCAUGAUCAUGUAUAUAAUCCAAGAAAUUAGCAAGAUAUUGGCACGCUCUUUCUUGCGCAGCUGGCGCCAACUGCAGUUUAGUACAUACAUAACAGGAGCAGAAUAGAUACACGCUCCUCAUGCCUUUAGUUUUGAUGCGGAGCCAACUUUGAUAUUAGCGUAGUUUACUCGAACUUGUUGAGAAUUUGGAAUGCAGGAGCAUGCUACAACGUUUACACAAGAAUUUAGACGAUUAGUGCCGCAAGAGAAGCAAAAUCGUCGAAGGGUGUUCUCGGCCGACUCGGAGUUCCUCGAUAAAAAUUGUUUUUUUUCGCGGACGAAUCCCACGAGACAUUCGUUAGGGGAGAAAAAUCUUGCCAUCUCUACAAAAAUUUUGUACCACCAGAACACGCG